AUGACGUCAGUAUUUCAGGGCACCAUCGUGGAUGAAUUGCUGGAUACGAUGUUCGCGCAGAUGAAAACAAAUAUUGAAAAUGCCGCAUUACCCAAAUCUGGGUUUAGCAUCGGCCGCAUCAUACAUCUCGACGUGGACUUCCACAAGCUCAAGCUUACGAGAGGCUCCUCAUACAUUGAAGCACCAAAGUGGAUAGCCACUAAGAAGGCUACCAUUAAUCCACAGAACAAUGAUGAAGAGUGUUUUAAGUGGAGUAUCGUAGCAGCGCUACAUCAUGAGGAAAUAAAAUAUAAUCCAGAACGCAUAAGCAAGCUCCGACCAUAUGCGGAGCUGUAUAAUUGGGGGAAUAUAGAGUUUCAACAUCCAUCAAGGACAUCAACAAAUUUGAGCGGAACAAUCCCGAUAUUGCAAUCGGCAUUUAACGAACGUGAGAAGCAGGCUAAUUUGCUACUAAUCACCGAUGAGAAGAGGAACCAUUACUUAGCCAUCAAAAAUCUUUCAAGAUUAUUGGGACGUGAGAUAUCAAAAAACCAUGGCAAAAUGCACUUUUGCAUGAGUUGCUUACAGGGAUUUCAAACAGUGGAAUCCCGCGAUAAACAUUGUGCAUACUGCAAAGACAAUGAAGCGGUCAAAAUCACGAUGCCCAGCGAAAAGGAAAAGUGGUUAUAUUAUCAAGAUGGUCAGCAGCAAUUCAAAGUACCCUUCGUUAUAUACCCAUACUUUGAAAGCCUACUAAUCCCGAUGAAGGAAAAUGCUCGGGAUACUAAGACUAAGACUAAGACGCUGAAUAAGCAUGUAUCAGAACCCUUGUAUAAGUGCAGGGGUGAGGGAUGUGUAGAGUUAUUCGUUCAACACCUGGAGGAGGAGGUAAAAAGGCUUUACUCGCUGUUUCCCCAGAAGCCUAUGCUACCAUUAACGGAGGAGCAGAGGAAUGAAUAUGAUGAUGCGGAUACCUGCCAUAUAUGCAUGAAGCCGUUCAACGAUGAAAAUAGAAAGAUCAUUGUCAUUACACAGGGCUGUUUCGAUGAGCAGCCCACAAUACCUGCAAUCUUAAGCUAUGAUGCUCACUUUUUUAUCCGUGAAUUAGGGAAGAAGUACGACACUCAGGAUAUAGGAUGCAUCGCUGAGAACACGGAAAAGUACAUAUCGUUUAAUGCUAAAAUCAAGGUACCCAUUGCAGGUAUGGGGUAUGGUGACGGUGAAUUUUAUAAGAAGAUCGAGAUCAGGUUCAUUAACAGCUGUCGAUUUAUGGCAUCAAGCUUGGAGAAAUUGGCAAGCAAUCUCGUCGGUACAAACGCUGCGGGUAUGAAAUGUCAGCAGUGCGUAGAUACAUGUUUGGAAUUUCAGAGCAUUAACGCCGAGUAUGUGGCAAGCUUUUGGUGCAAGGCUUGUGACUCGAAUACCACGAAGAAGCUAGACAUAGAGCAGGUAAAGGCAAAUGUACCAGCCAUGACAAGGUUUAUCGACGGUGAUGAUUUCUCAGACUGA